UUCGCGUCCGUGUCAGUAUCGAUGUAAACAAACCCACCCCGAACCACCCAAAGCAAGUUUCAAAAUACCAUCCACACCUUUUUCGGAGCAAUGGGCACCUACUGGACCAACUGUGGCCGCAAGAUCAACGCCAGAAUCGUGCAAAAGUCGCCGAACGUGCUGAACCUGUCGAUCGAAAACACCGAGCUCGUUCAGGAACGUUUGCUCCGGUUGAAGCUGGCCGCGGCGUUGCUCUUCCUGUACGCAUUUCUCAUUCUGGUCCCCACCGGGUGGAACCAGCUGUGGAUUCAUGGAAUUUUUGUGGUUUUGCUGGGUGGUGUCGCUUACAGUUAUACCAAAAUUGUGAAGAAUGAAAACUUAGUUCUAGUCAAAGACUUUGCCCUGCAGUAUUCUACUCAUUUUAUCGGUGGAGGAGCCAAAAACGUACUGAUUCCAAUUAAACACAUUCACGAUGUUGUCAUCAACGAAGUAUUUCAUAAUCUUAAGGUAGUCUUUAGUUUGUCAGUUUUAACCAAAGGAAAUUUAUUUAAGAAUCAACCGAUCGUGACGCUGCUCAAUCACUUAAAUCCUCGCGUCGACUGUCUGGAGAUGAUUUACAACGAGUUGCACAACAUUUUGAGCUUGGAGAACGAUUGAAAGCAAUAAAUUUAGCAUGACAAACCAUU